AUGUCUCGUUAUGCCUUGUGCAGCCGCCGCAACACUGUUGCAACAGGGCCAGCCUUGCCAAGGGUGGAGAGUCCUUUAUCUGAGUUAUCUGGUGAGCUGUCCCCAGAUAUCCGUAAUACUAAAAUCCCAGCAGAAUCCAGCACUGCAAGUGCUCAGGGCUCUGCUCCUGGUCUGGCUGUGAGCCGUGUUCCAGCGUCUGGCAAUGCCGCACUGAGGAACCCUCCUUCUGCUCAUGUACAAGCAGAGGAGGAGAAAUCGUCUCCUUCUGACUCGGAGGAUGAUGAGGAUGUCAGUUCCCAAGGGAAUCUGACUGCUGCAGGUAUUUCAAAGAAGAAUUUGUCUCGUAGUAAUGUAGAAUAUGAUGAUGAAUCUGAUACACGUUUUACCCCUCUAUGCACCUCAGCCGUUCACUAUCACUAUGAGUGA